AGUUCUUAUAUAUUGAUUGAUGUACCCUGCCUUUUCUUCUGUCAAAUCUCUCUGAACAAUCUAAACAUAAAAACAUAAAUUUCUAUAUGCAACUAAAGAAGGUGGCAUCUAUGUCUUCUCGUACUGGGAGAGAUUUGCAGAGGUAUAACGUCGAGGGUUGUCGCCAAGUUGUUGGCUGCAUUCCGUACAGAUACACAAAAACAAACCAAUCCAUUUGUGGGACAGCAACAAUUCAUGAUUUGGAAUUUCUUUUGGUUAGCUCACAGACAUGUCCAAGAAUGAUGUUCCCCAAGGGUGGUUGGGAACAAGAUGAAUCCUUGGAAGAAGCAGCUCAUAGAGAGACCUUUGAGGAAGCUGGGGUACAUGGAAAAGUUGGGGUUUGUUUAGGAUCAUGGUACUUUAAGAGCAAGAGCCAAGGUACUUUUCAUGAGGGGUUCAUGUUGCCUUUGUUUGUGACAGAGGAGCUAGACCAUUGGCCAGAAAAAGAUAUGCGCCAAAGAUCAUGGAUGUCAUAUAAGGAAGCAAUGAAUGUAUGCUUCCAUCCUUGGAUGAAGGAAGCUUUGGAUUGCUUGGUUUCUCAGCUCAACCUUUCCCGGAGAGAUGAAAACGAGCCAAGAAAUGGUAUGGCAGCCGAUGAAACGUUGAGGAGCGAAGAACAAGUUGAUCGCGAUUUAGCCCAAAGUGUGCAAACCAAGGACGGAGCUUUGACAGUGGAAGAACCAAGAAUGAUCCUUGCUGCCCAAAGUUUGAUAGAUGGAAGUCCCGGGACUGCAUACUUGUUAGAACUGUUGAUCACCGAGGGCCAAACCAUAGCGUUAAGUCUGCAAAGAAAUUUCGUGGAUCGGGUUAUGGCGAUCCUGGUGACCGAUGAAACCCUGCUUAGCAUUGUGGCUCAGAAGUUUAACCGAAAGGAAGAAAAAACCUCGGACAAGGUGUCUGACAGAGUUCUUGAAGGUCGAGGAUCCCAGACUAGGUAUUAUAGCUCAAUCCUCUGAACACGAAGCUCAUCGUUGUCUAGUUACUUAGUCUAAGACUGCUUUCAAACAAUCCCAGUUUGAGCUAAAAGUGCAGAAAACCAACAAAAAUUAGCUCGAACAAUGUAGAUUUUGUACAAACGUUUAGAAAGUUAGGGGUGUACAGACUUUUCUAACUCGACGGUUCUGUGAAAUUAAUCAAAGAUGAGAUUGAUUGAUUCAUU